AUAGCUUCGUGCUACGUUAACAACACUGGUGAAAAUGACAUGCUAAAGCCAGUGACUUGCGAUAACUGGGAUAAUUUAAAUAAACACGAAACAUUUAUGUUACACCGUUAGCUAGCCCGCUGUAGUUAGCUAGCUACACCUGUCAUGUUAUUUCAUACCAUAAACCCAAUAUUUGACGCGUAGUUUGUAGCAUUUCGAGAUUCUUGCUAUUAGCCAACUUUCGCCUAUCUUUGCAGACAACUUAUUCCUGACUCGCACUGUGUGCAUAGAUUGCAUCGGCCUAUUUCUGCUGUUGCUAUAAUGGCUAAAAGUGAACUAACAAGAAAUUUCAGUCCAUAUCUGAUGCAUUUUCAUGGAGCAGAAGUAACAACCGUCACUGUGGGAGAUGUACAGGCCGGAGGAGACGGUGUCUUCACGACGUCCGUUGCCACGGCAGCCUCCAUCUCCGAACAUGUCCUUGCUGGCAGAACCGCCCUACAGAUCGGAGACAGCAUUAAUACGCAGAAGGCCACUCUCAUCGUGGUCCACACUGACGGGAGCAUUGUGGACGCUACGGGGUUAAAGGGCACGGCCACGCCCAUCACUCCUGGUCCACAGACCCCCUCCACCCCGAUGACCCCCGGCCAUGACAAGGAUGGCUCCAAGUACAACUGGGACCCCUCCGUCUAUGACAACGAGCUUCCCGUGCGAUGCAGAAACACCAGUGGAGUGCUGUACAAAAGCAGACUGGGCUCAGGCGGGAAGGGGCGGUGCAUCAAGCACAAUAACAGCUGGUACACGCCCACCGAGUUCGAGUGCAUGUCCGGGAGGGCCAGCAGCAAGGACUGGAAGAGAAGCAUUCGCUACGCGGGACGCCCCCUCCAGUGCCUUAUUCAGGAGCGGAUCCUGAAUCCCCACGCUGCCUCCUGUACGUGUGCUGCCUGCUGUGAUGACCUUCCCGUGUGCGCCAAGGAUGGAGAGUCUUUCAGAGCAGACAACAUAAACAUGACGGGCCCGGUCAGACUGUUUGUCCCCUACAAGAGACGUAAGAAGGACAACGAGAGACCCACCACUCCCGAGAAGAAGGAAGUGCAGGUCCAGUCUCCGAAAAACAUCACCCUGACCCCCGGAGCCACAUUCACAGUCACCCCGUCGGGGCAGAUCACGACCUCUGGCACGCUGACCUUCGACAGGACGCCCGUGGGAGACGCCACCGCCGUCAUCGCCGAGAGCCCGGCGCCGGCCGACGUCUUCGCCGGCACCGCAGUGACCCUGACGUCCCUGCCCGCCCUCGCCGUGCCCCCCCAGGCCCUGCAGGCCAAGGCGGACGUGGUGGGCGUGACGAACGGUCUGGACGGCUCGGAGUCGCGCACGUGGGCGUGCCUGGAGGAGACGGCCAACUCCCUGCUGAGCUCCGUGCAGCAGCUCCGCGCGCAGAUCCAGCAGCUCAAACAGGCCUGCCACGGCAAGAGCCCCGCCGCCCGCAAGGACUCCUUCCAGGGUCAGAUGACCUUUCAGCCCUCAGAUGACCCGGAUGUGAAACACACUGAGGUCAUCAUUAAGCAGAUGUGUGUGAACUGCGGUCGGGAGGCGAGCAGCGAGUGCACCGGCUGUCACAAGGUCAACUACUGCUCCGUCUUCUGCCAGAGGAAGGACUGGAGGGAUCACCAGCACUGUUGUCAGCCAGGUGCAGUGGUCGCGGUGCAGGAGGAGGUGCAAGAGGAGGUGCAGGCAGGCGUGGUGGAGAAAGUCAAGAUCUAGAGUCUCUCUGUUUCCUGGGCAACAGAGCCCCCCCCCCCACACACACACACACACACACACAGACACACAGACACACACACUCACUCACUCACUCACUCACUCACUCACUCACUCACACACUCACAUACACACACCACAUACACAUAUACACACACACACACACACACACACACACACACACACACCGACACCGACAGUCCUUCCCGCAGAAUGACGGCCUGCCCUGACCUGGCCUGCAGCGAUGAAAAAACACCUCCUAACUUCUGCGGGGUUUCUCUCAACGCCGCCAUCUGACAUCAGUUUAUUUUCGGUUUCAGCUGGGGAUACAACCUUUCCAGUUUUUCAGCCAAACUUCCUCAGCAUCUUUUUUUUUUUUCUGUUUUUUUCUGUUUCUCUUUCUUUCUUGGCAAAUACCAAUCCGGAGGCUUUAAAUUAAAAUCGUGUUGACCGAUUG